GGUUCAAAAACCCGCAGUCACUCAGGACUUUCCUCCCUCUUUCUUUCCUUCCACCUCGCUAGCUCACCAUGUCUCCCCCGCCCUCAGGAAAGUCGCGAGAGUCGGGCACGGCCCGUGUCCUCGGCUCUGGCACCUCAGGCAUCGCCGAGCUCCUCAUCUUCCACCCCGUCGACACCGUCGCGAAGCGUCUCAUGUCCAACAAGGCCAAGGUCUCCCUCUCCACCCUCUCCCCCAUCAUCUUCCGCGACCAAGCCAGCGCCGCCCUCGGCCGCAAGGUCAUGUCGCUCUUCCCGGGUCUGGGCUACGCAGCGGGGUACAAGGUCGCGCAGCGCAUCUACAAGUUCGGCGGCCAGCCGUGGUUCAACGAGCUCCUCGUGCGCAACUACAAGGACGAGUUCUCGCGCGCGUUCGGCGAGCGCAAGGGCAAGAUGAUCAUGCAGGCCACCGCCGGCUCCCUAACCGGAAUCGGCGAAGUCGUCCUCCUCCCCCUCGACGCCCUCAAAAUCAAACGCCAAGUCAACCCAGAAGCCUUCAGGGGCCGCGGCGUCCUCCGCAUCUUCGCCGAAGAAGGCACAACGCUCUACCGCGGCUGGGGCUGGACCGUCGCGCGCAACGCCCCCGGCUCCUUUGCCUUGUUCGGCGCCUCCGCGUUCACCAAGGACGUCGUCCUCGGCGUCGAGGACUACAGCAAGGCGACGUGGAGCCAGAACUUCGUCGCGAGCAUCGCGGGUGCGGUGGCGAGUAUCACGGUCGCGGCGCCGCUUGAUACGGUGAAGACGAGGAUUCAGAAUGCGAAUUUUGAGCGCAAGGUCAGCGGGAUGACGGUGAUCAAGGAUCUGGUCAAGAAUGAGGGGAUGGGCGCGUUUUUCAAGGGUUUGACGCCCAAGAUUCUCGUCGUCGGCCCCAAGCUCAUCUUCAGCUACACCCUCGCGCAGUCGCUCAUCCCCAUGUUCGGCAAAUACGUCUAAGCCGAACGCCUCUCCCUCAUCUCUAAGUACCUCGACCAUGCUCGUGGAAUCUGACGAUGACAUGACUUUAUCGAGCGGAACUGCUCCUUCUCUACUGGGUUCGCGGGGUUACUCACUCACUUCACAUAGAAACCAUACCUCUACGACACUAUUAUAACGCCUUCUUACACCCCUUACAUACCUAGACGUAUUACGCUGCACGCCCAACUCAAU